AUGCGUCGGAGGCGGUUCAGAGGAGGUUUACCAGAUCGAUACCUGGAACGAGCGGGUUGUCCGAUUGACUCCCACGAAGACGAUGUCAACGCCGUGGCCUUCGCCGACGCCAGCUCGCAGAUCCUCUUCUCGGGCGGGGACGACGCGCUGUGCAAGGUGUGGGACCGCCGCACCCUGCGGGAGGACAGCCCGCAGCCCGUGGGGGUUCUGGCUGGGCACCGGGACGGCAUCACCUUCAUCGACAGCAAGGGAGACGCCCGCUUCCUCGUGUCCAACUCCAAGGACCAGACCAUCAAGCUGUGGGACAUCCGGCGUUUCUCCCCCAAGGAGGGCUUGGAGGCCUCGCGCCAGGCGGUGACGCAACAGAACUGGGACUACAGGUGGCAGCAAGUGCCCAAGAGAGCCCUGAAGAAGCACCGACUGCCUGGGGACAGCUCGCUGAUGACCUACAGAGGGCACGGGGUCCUGCACACUCUUAUCCGCUGUCGAUUCUCUCCGGCAUUCACCACCGGGCAGCAGUACAUCUACAGCGGCUGCUCAACAGGGAAGGUCGUGAUUUACGAUGUGUUAACGGGUAAGAUAGUCAGCAAGCUCUCGGAGCACCGAGCCUGCGUGCGUGAUGUUAGCUGGCACCCGUACGAAGAGAAGAUCAUCAGCACUUCGUGGGACGGAGGAGUGCGUCUCUGGGAUUACCGACUGGCCGAAUACUUCACCGACGACCUCCAGGCUUCUGGCCGCCACCUCCGGCCGAGGCGUAAGAACGCGGAGACCGGCGAAGACAAUUGAGCCGCCGGGGACUGUCGGAGAGACUGGUGACGGUGGUGGUGGUGGGGGGGUGGCAGUGGAACGGAGUCCGAAGGUGUAGUGCUGGCGGAGGUGGGGUAGGGGACGCGAUCGCCAAGUGGCCCGGGCGUUGCGCGUGGAUCAGGAGUCCCCUCCCCUCGAGGACGACGCUCAGCUUUCCCUCCCAGCUCCCUCCGGCCUGUCUGACCUUCUCCCUGGGACCCACUCACCUCCCUCAACCCGGGCAGAGGGGGGAGGAAAGCCUGCCCCUUCCCAGGGUUCAACGCCGGACACUGACGCCUGUAAGGAGCCUGCUCCUUGGUUUUAUCUCGUAGACUCGAGGGAGGCACAGGCACGGAGGUAUUUCAGGCCGCUGCCUCUGUGCCUUUGACAGCCCGAUUAAUCCCGCUCUCUUUCUAUCUGCACCCCCUCACCCUGCCAACUCCCGCUCUCUCUCUCUCCGCACCCCCCGCCCUGCCAACUCCCGCUCUCUCUCUCCGUGCCCCCCUCGCCCUGCCAACUCCCGCUCUCUCUUUCUCCACACCU